CUCUCUUCACACAACAACAAAAUUUGAGAAUUUUUCUUCACGUCUUUCUACUCUUUGAAGGUAGUCUUAGUAUCAAUCAUGGAUACUUACCAUCAUCAACAUGAAGAAGAAGAAGAAGAAGAAGAUAAUGAUGAUGAUAAUGAAGAAGACGAUGAAGAAGAAGGCAAGCUAAAAGAGGAAACAAAAGAAGGAUCAUCAUCAACAUUAUCGCCUAAUUCAGCUCCUUCACCAUCUUCCACCUCCCCUUGUCAUGAAUUUUCCUUCAGAAUCUCUCUCCAUUCAUCUUCCGAUUAUAAAACCAAAACUCCAUCUUCCAUCGCCGUCGAUUUAUCUCCGGCCGAUGACAUUUUCUUCCAUGGACACUUGCUUCCCCUUCAUCUCCUUUCUCACCUCCCUGUCUCCCCACGCUUAUCAACGAGUUCAUCGGACGGCUUCAACUUUCCCGGAAGAGAGUUAUUCUAUGAUCUCAAAUCUGUAAAACCCAUCAACAAAAGCGACGGCAAUAUCCAGAAACAUGAAAGGCUCAGCCACGGCUAUCAUCAUCAAAGUCACGCCAUAGAAGCGAAAGUGAAGAACAAGUCAAAUUCUUUCUCUUUGUUCGGUUUAAAAAGACAGCAGAAAGGGAGCGUCAAGGUUAGAGAAACAGAAGAGAAAGAGAAUGACAAGAAAAAGAUGAGAUUCAAUGUGUUAAAUAAGUACACGAGAAUGAUUAGGCCAUUUUUGUUCUUCAGAAGAAAGAGAGAGAAUCUCCAUCUCCAUAGACAAGCUUACUCAUUUUCAGGUAAUUUGAGGAACAAAAAAACAGAGUUGAGAGGAAGGAGAGGAGGAGACUAUUAUUCAGCUCCUCCUUCAAUAAGAACAUCACCUUCGAAUAGUGGUCUUCUUGUUGCAACCAAAGGGCAUCCUUGUUCAACCAGCGAGAGCACCACGGAAGAGCUGCAGGCUGCGAUUCAAUCUGCAAUUGCUCAUUGCAAGAACUCCAUUAAAGGGGAGGACAAACUUAAAAGCCAGGCCUAGUUUUGAUUUUUCUUUUCCAAUUUCAAUCAACUUCUAUGAGUUAUAUUAUUGCUUUAAUAAAUUUUCUUCC